UCCGCGGGCUGGAAUGAAGUGAGGAGGCGGUGAGCAGUUUGUGUGGAGCUGAUGACAUGGGCUGGAGAACUCCACUGAAUGGAAAAGCUACUUCGACUUCAACUGGCUUACAGACGAAAAACAGUGAUUUAACUGGGCGAAAAUAGUUUACUUCAGCAAAACUGGCUAGAGUUAUUUGAUACAAGCAAUCGUUCUGUUUUAGCUGAUUGUCUAAAUUGCCAGAAAAAUAGCACAAGGUAUGCGUAAGUUAACUAACGUUAGCCAAGUCUGUAGUUUAAUUAGCCUAGCUAGCUAGCUAACUUUAGUUAGCUAAAAUGUACACACUACAGAUUGGAAGGGACGCUCGUAGUUUUUGGGGAACUUUCCACGAGUUUAUUACAUUGCAUUGAUGUCUCCUUUUUGAGUUAUGCUUUCAAGAAAGAAAAGUAAAAGCGAGGCGUCGAAACCAGCGGAAGUUCACGGGAAAUAUGUGAAGAAGGAGACUUCACCAGUCCUGAGAAAUCUCAUGCCCUCAUUCAUCCGACAUGGACCCACUAUUCCCAGACGCACCGAGGUCCCUCUGCCGGAGCCUGGUCCCUCAGCGUACCCUGUGGGAACCAGCCCUGAACCUGUGGUGGUCCGCAACAAGAGCUUCCUGCGCGCCCCUGUGCAGAGACCACCCCACGAGGUGGCUCGGAGGGAGAGCCAUAGGAUGUCAGCCCCUCCGUACCUACCACGUAGCCUGGGGGAUAUAACCCACGAGUACGGAGGCUCCUCACAGUCCUUCCUCACGGACGUGAGCGCCGUGGCUGAGAACGGCGAUGCUGGACGCUACUACUACCCCCCGCCUCCGGAACCUUACUACGACAGCCAGCAGCAGCAGAGACGGCCUCAGCCCAGGCCCCAGCAGCCCAGAGCACCUGAACGCUUCCAUGAGGACUAUAGAUACUAUGAACACAACGAACAUCCGAACUUCCAAAGACUACCACCACCACAACAACACACUUCCCCGACCCCAAACAGACCGCCAACAGGUAUUGGUCGAAUGCAGGCUAAGUCUCUGGGGAACCUGUCCAGUCCGAGCGGCGAGGACCUCCCCCUGCCCCGUGGUUGGACGGUAGACUGGACCAUCCGAGGCAGGAAGUACUACAUCGACCACAACACCAACACCACCCACUGGUCCCACCCCCUGGAGAGAGAGGGUCUGCCCCCUGGCUGGGAGAAGGUGGAGUCAGCUGAGUUUGGGACCUACUACGUGGACCACCUCAACAAGAGGGCUCAGUAUAGACACCCCUGUGCUCCUAGCGUGCCUCGUUAUGACCAGCCCCCUCCCCUGCCCCCUCCAGUAGUGUACCAGCCUCGCCCCUCGGAGAGGAACCAUCCGGUACUGGUACCAGCCAACCCGUACCACACGGCAGAGAUCCCUGACUGGCUACAGGUGUAUGCCCGCGCCCCACUCAAGUAUGACCACAUCCUGAAGUGGGAGCUGUUCCAGCUGGUGGAUCUGGACACUUACCAGGGCAUGUUGAAGCUGCUCUUCAUGAAGGAACUGGAGCGCAUCGUCAAGUCCUACGAGGCCUACCGUCAGGCCCUGCUGUCUGAGGUGGACCAAAGGAAACCGAGGCAGCAGUGGUACACUCAGACCCAGCAGCAGUCGGGCAAGAACUUCACAGGGAACAUGUGAACUGGGUCGUAAAUUCACGAGGAAGCAAACGGGGGGGUGGGGGGGGGAGAAAACGAAGAUGGACCUACCUGAAUUUGUCCAAUAAUAAACCAGUUGGUUGUUGCUAAACAGUUUGCUACGGUGUGCACUAAUGAAUACAACCCCGAAUUGACUGGACGGAGGAAUGGACUCUGUGCUAGCUCAACAUUGGACUUCAAGGACUCUCAUUCUACACUGUUCAUACAAAGUUCAGCCCUGGUGAACCGUUGUCCCACCCCUCGGAGGUUAUUACUACAGCACAGAGAUCUCCUCCUCCUGAGGUUAUUACUACAGCAGAGAUCUCCUCAUGAGGUUAUUACUACAGCACAGAGAUCUCCUCAUGAGGUUAUUACUACAGCACAGAGAUCUCCUCCUCAUGAGGUUAUUACUACAGCACAGAGAUCUCCUGAGGUUAUUACUACAGCACAGAGAUCUCCUCCUCAUGAGGUUAUUACUACAGCACAGAGAUCUCCUGAGGUUAUUACUACAGCACAGAGAUCUCCUCCUCAUGAGGUUAUUACUACAGCACAGAGAUCUCCUCAUGAGGUUAUUACUACAGCACAGAGAUCUCCUCCUCAUGAGGUUAUUACUACAGCACAGAGAUCUCCUCAUGAGGUUAUUACUACAGCACAGAGAUCUCCUCAUGAGGUUAUUACUACAGCACAGAGAUCUCCUCAUGAGGUUAUUACUACAGCACAGAGAUCUCCUCAUGAGGUUAUUACUACAGCACAGAGAUCUCCUCAUGAGGUUAUUACUACAGCACAGAGAUCUCCUCCUCAUGAGGUUAUUACUACAGCACAGAGAUCUCCUCAUGAGGUUAUUACUACAGCACAGAGAUCUCCUCAUGAGGUUAUUACUACAGCACAGAGAUCUCCUCCACCUGAGGUUUGUGUCCCCCCCCCCUUGAGGGACGGACAGCAGUAGGUUUCCUCUGUCCUCCUCCGAGGGUUUGUCCUUGUCCCCUGGGGUUUGUAGGGAGGGACGGGGGCGGCGGUAGGUUUCUACAGUCCUCCUCCGAGGGUUUGUCCUUGUCCCCUGGGGUUUGUAGGGAGGGACGGGGGCGGCGGUAGGUUUCUACAGUCCUCCUCUGGCUCUGUUUUUUAAAGGCAGGAAGAUUACAGGCUGACAGAUCUGCUUGUUUGAAUGUCCAUAAAUGACUAUAAUAAGAUGGCAGGUUGAGAUUGUGCCUUUUCAUCAAUGGCAGCGCUUGUUAUAUUUUUUUUUUGCUUUGUAAAUUUAUAUUAAAACAACUCCAUUUAAGGAGAGCAGGACCAGCAGUGUUGCCUUAGGAACUCGUUUCCAUAUGAAUUCUGCUUCAUAAAUGUUUUUGUAAUUGUAUCUCGCCCCAUUAAACAGAAAGGAUAUUAUUGAACUUUUUAACAAUUUAAUGUGAUAUAUAUAUAUAUAUAUAUAUAUAGUAAUUGUCAUCAAUACUUCCUUUUGUUGACACAAUCCUCUAAAACAUAUAUAUAUAUAUAUGUAGUAAUUGUCUUACGGAAUAAUUUGAAGUUCUGGUAUGGAAUAGGUUUUCAUGAAGACCUGACGCUUUGUAGGAUACACUACAGCGCUGCGUGUCAGGAACUUGGCUCUGUGCAUCACUAUACAUCAUAAUUAAUGAAUUAAAUCACAAUAUCCUUAUUAUAAUAUGACCUGUGUAUUAUAGAAACACAUAAGCUACUGGAAACAUAUCUAAAGCCCAAAUUACACCCUAUUCCCUAUGAGCCCUGGUCAAAAGUAGUGCACUACAUAGGGUUGUAUUUCCCCGGUACUCCAGUACCCUCAACAGUACACCAACCCCGGUCCUCCAGUACCCUCAACAGUACACCAACCCCGGUCCUCCAGUACCCUCAACAGUACACCAACCCCGGUCCUCCAGUACCCUCAACAGUACACCAACCCCGGUCCUCCAGUACCCUCAACAGUACGCCAACCCUGGUCCUCCGAGGACCCUCAACAGUACGCCAACCCUGGUCCUCCAGUACCCUCAACAGUACGCCAACCCCGGUCCUCCAGUACCCUCAACAGUACACCAACCCCGGUCCUCCAGUACCCUCAACAGUACACCAACCCCGGUCCUCCAGUACCCUCAACAGUACACCAACCCCGGUCCUCCAGUACCCUCAACAGUACACCAACCCCGGUCCUCCAGUACCCUCAACAGUACACCAACCCCGGUUCUCCAGUACCCUCAACAGUACGCCAACCCCGGUCCUCCAGUACCCUCAACAGUACGCCAACCCCGGUCCUCCAGUACCCUCAACAGUACGCCAACCCCGGUCCUCCAGUACCCUCAACAGUACGCCAACCCCGGUCCUCCAGUACCCUCAACAGUACACCAACCCUGGUCCUUCGAGGACCCCUCAACAGUACACCAACCCUGGUCCUUCGAGGACCCCCCAACAGUACACCAACCCUGGUCCUUCGAGGACCCCCCAACAGUACACCAACCCUGGUCCUCCAGUACCCUCAACAGUACACCAACCCUGGUCCUUCGAGGACCCCCCAACAGUACACCAACCCUGGUCCUCCAGUACCCUCAACAGUACACCAACCCUGGUCCUUCGAGAACCCCAACAGUACACCAACCCUGGUCCUUCGAGAACCCCCCAACAGUACACCAACCCUGGUCCUUCGAGGACCCCCCAACAGUACACCAACCCUGGGUACACCAUAGGAUGCCAUUUGGGGCACUGCCUAUAUAACACUAAUGGUUCAGGUGUCCCAUGAUACCUUAGCUUUGCCAAAACAAACAUCUGAAGUGCAUUUCCUGAAUGUGUCUGGAUCCCAAAUGGCACCCUAUUCCCUAUAUAGUGCACUACUUUAGACCUAUGGGCUCUGGUCAAACGUAUUGCACUAUAUAGGGAAUAGGGUGCCGUUUGGGAAGUCGCCUCUGAUAAUUGGUUAUUUUCCGGAUGUGUGUUUUGUAAUGCCUUAUGUUGUGAUGGUGACUGUUCUGGGAGAGACCACAGCUACCAAGCUAUGCAGUAACUGCUAGUUACGACCCAUCUGUUCUUAAUGAUGUCACCAUACAGCUAGUUACGACCCAUCUGUUCUUAAUGAUGUCACCAUACAGCUAGUUACGACCCAUCUGUUCUUAAUGAUGUCACCAUACAGCUAGUUACGACCCAUCUGUUCUUAAUGAUGUCACCAUACAGCUAGUUACGACCCAUCUGUUCAGAAUGAUGUCACCAUACAGCUAGUUACGACCCAUCUGUUCUUAAUGAUGUCGCCAUACAGCUAGUUACGACCCAUCUGUUCAGAAUGAUGUCGCCAUACAGCUCGUUACGACCCAUCUGUUCUUUAAUGAUGUCGCCAUACAGCGACCCAGCUAGUUACGACCCAUCUGUUCUUAAUGAUGUCGCCAUACAGAUGAUGCUUAACCUCCAUGGAGUGCAGAUGCAGGACAAAAGCAAUAGUUUGCUGCGAAAACAAUUUCUCAAGCCUGUGGAAAAGGAAGAGGGAGACUAAACAGUUAGUCUUUUUCCUCCAACCAAUGCCUGUUUUUCAUUCAAAACCCCAAACUAUGCACUCAAGUAAUACACAAUCCUCUUAUGUACAGUCAAUUUCUUUAAUCUGUAAUUGUAACUAUUGUCUUUUGAAAAAGCAACUAUCAAUAAAUUAUUUAAACCUA